AUUGUGUGAAUCAGAUCGCUGUUGGAUGUGGGGUCGGAAUCGAAUCUCCAUGUUUGUGGUGCGGAAAUGAACAACUGAAAGAUCAAUCACAGUGACUGCUGAUGCCUAUUGGGAUUUUUCUCCCGUCGCUGUGACUGUUCGCUGCAGCCUCGGGGAGUGUGUGGGAGCCGAGCGACAGGAGACCGCGCUGGCUGGGACACGUCCAAGAGUUCCACAGCAGAGACAAAGAUGACAGAAUGAAUUCUCAGCCUCUCCACUUGCUGCCCUGCCACUCUGGUUCCCACACCCCCACAGUAUACAACUGUGCAUCUUUAAGGGUCCUGCUCACAAGAAACUUGGGUCAGACAACAUCUGUGGAGAAAUUCAGCUGUGGACCCUUCAUUGAAACUGAUCUAACCAAAGGUCCAUACCAGACUCUCGAACACAAGUGAAUGUGUCCAUGAAUUGCGAUUCCUCUGGAGCAGCCAUGAAUGCACCUUCUCUUCACCCUCAGAUGAUGGGGUCUGGGGUCAGCCCCUCGAUCAGCUCCCCAGGGCAGCUUCAUUCACCUAUUAGCACUUUGAACUCUCCAAUGAAUGGACUGGGCUCUCCCUUCUCAGUUAUCAGCUCGCCAUUGGGUCCACACACACUAUCCAUCCCGUCAUCUCACAGCAUGGGGUAUGGAGGCCACAGUCCGCAGGUAAACUCGCCUAUGAAUUCAGUAAGCAGCACAGAGGAUGUGAAACCACCUUUAGGAAUCAAUGGCGUGCUUAAGAUGCCAUCUCACUCCUCAAACUGUCCAGUUUCGCUCACCAAACACAUCUGUGCCAUUUGUGGGGACAGGUCUUCAGGCAAACAUUACGGCGUUUACAGUUGUGAAGGUUGCAAAGGUUUCUUCAAACGCACAGUGCGCAAAGACCUUACCUACAAUUGCCGUGAUAACAAGGACUGUAUAAUUGACAAGCGUCAGCGUAACCGGUGCCAGUACUGCCGUUACCAGAAAUGUCUUGCCAUGGGGAUGAAGCGGGAAGGUAUGGGCGCAGACUUCAGAGCUGUACAAGAGGAGAGACAGCGGGGUAAGGACAGGAAUGAGAAUGAGGUGGAAUCAACGAGCAGUGCCAAUGAGGACAUGCCAGUGGAGAAGAUAGUGGAGGCGGAACUGGCUGUAGAGCCCAAGACUGAGACUUACAUCGAUUCCAACCUUGGAAUGGGCAGCAGCUCACCGAAUGACCCAGUUACCAACAUCUGUCAAGCAGCAGACAAGCAGCUUUUCACGCUGGUCGAGUGGGCCAAACGGAUUCCACACUUCUCGGAGCUCCCAUUGGACGACCAGGUUAUCCUUUUGAGGGCAGGCUGGAAUGAGCUGCUCAUCGCUUCAUUCUCUCAUCGUUCCAUCGCCGUGAAAGAUGGGAUCCUGCUGGCGACUGGUCUCCAUGUCCAUCGGAACAGUGCACACAGUGCGGGAGUGGGAGCCAUCUUUGACAGGGUUCUGACAGAGCUUGUUUCUAAAAUGCGAGAUAUGCAAAUGGACAAGACAGAGCUGGGCUGUCUGCGAGCUAUCGUGCUCUUCAACCCAGAUGCCAAAGGCCUGUCCAAUCCUGGGGAAGUGGAGGCCCUCCGUGAGAAAGUGUAUGCAUCCCUGGAAGGAUACUGCAAACAGAAAUACCCAGAACAGCCUGGCAGGUUUGCCAAGCUCCUUCUGCGGUUACCGGCUCUCCGUUCUAUCGGACUGAAAUGCCUGGAGCACCUUUUCUUCUUCAAGCUGAUUGGCGACACGCCCAUUGACACUUUCCUCAUGGAGAUGCUGGAAGCUCCUCAUCAGAUGACCUAAGUGGGCUGUGGGCAGACAGAAAACUGCAGCCCAGGAACAGAUUUGCCAUCCUUUUUGUACAGGCUCGGUGCAAAAAUCCUUGGCCUCCCCUCUGCAUUUACAGCCCCCGCCCCCAUCCCUUGCAUCCCACCCUCAACUGUAAUUCCUCAUUAAUGAGAUGAGAAAGGAAUAAUUUUCUUUUUAUAUACACUCUGCAUCAAUCUCUGGGUCUGUGACGAAUUGCUUGUUGAGAUGAUCUACGGUAUCUGUGUGUACAUGUGUCCGCACGCACCCUGACUCUUCCCUAAGUGCAGCAGAGGCUUCAUUUAACUUGGAUCUCGUUCCUGGUUUGUGUUGGCAUGUGAGGUAGUCUCAAGGGAUUGGUCUUGUCGACAUCUACACGGAUUUGUCAGCGCUGGAAGUUGGACUUCGAAGAACUCUGGGUGGCCUCCAUUCCCAAUAUGAAGUUCUCUGGUGAAGGUGUGAAGCAAGAUGGAAUUUGGCCUCCUCUGAAUCUGCCCUCUCACUAGUUUAGUUGCAAAUUCUCCCAACUGGGCUCUCGCAAGCUGCACACUGAUUGUUUCCGUCUCUGCUUUCUCACUGAGCUGGCUGGAGCGAUGUGGCUAAUAAACAGAGCAUGUUUACACGUUCCAUAUCCGUGUAGAACCCAGAGCAGUUCUCAAUCUCGCACUUGGUCUGCCGACUGAAUGUCUCAUGGAAUACUUUAUGGCCUUUGUUAAUUUUUGGAUUAAUCAGAACAAAACAACCUUGCUCCAAUAUGAUCUCGGCCGUAUGGCAGGCGGAUAUUCAGCACAAAACUCCGUGCUUCAAGCCGGUUAUGACAUCAGUGAAAUAAUCGUCUACAAUGCAUGAUUGAGUUACACGGCCUCAUCAGCACCCUCCUCCUGAGCUGCCAAGAAUGGAUUGGUGCAUUCGGGAUGUCUUGUUGCCCAUUCUACCCAGUCCAGUCUGUGAAUAUUGGGUGGGUUUGGGGCUUUUGCAUCCUGAAGAUUCUUUGCUGCUAAGGAAAACAUUCAAAUAAUGAGUAAAGGUCAAGCCUGAAUACAACGUGACCGGGUAAAAGGAGUUUGGUUUUAAAAAUUAAGGAGCUCAAAUGUUCAAUCUGCACUUAAACUGAUCAGUGCCACUCUUCCCAAGCACAUGCCUCUUGUCCUCCACACUAAUACUAAUCCUCCCUCUCCUCCUCCGUUCCCCCCCUUCCUCGCUGCCCUCUUUCUCACCUCUCUAUUCCUCACCUCCCUCUCCUCCCUGCUUUGUACUCUCCAGCCCUCCCCUUCCUUUCUCCUCAGAGUCUAGGGGUCGGAGAAGAGUUUUACCUAUCAGAGGUUCACGCGGAUUGGCCUUGAUCAGCUCCUGACUAUUUUUCCAAACCAUGGAUAACUGGAGUUUAAACCUCAUUUAACUAUAUCCCUGUCUUCAGCUCCUCACUCUCCUCCGUUCUGCCCACGUUCCUUGUGGGUUGUGGUAUUCAUCUUUGUACACGGGUUCUCUCCAGUGCUGUCCUGAUUUGGUCUUUGUGUUCUUUAUUUUACUUCAAAUCUGAAUUUUAACCUGAAAUAUAAAUAUUUUAAGUACAGCAAUUUUGUAAAAAAAAGUUAAAAAUUGCAUUUUAAACUGUUGCAAGCACAGAAAGUUAUGCAAUAAAUGGAGGCGCUCACACCAGACCACUCUCGAAACACAGCCACAGGGCAGGAGCACAGUGGAAGGGGAGCUUGCCAGGAGUCUCUGUUCCUGGAGAAUUUACUCAGGAUACAGACAUUCUCUUCAGCUCAUCUCUUCCCUUUCCUCAUUUCGUCAUCCGUACUGUGUAUCACUUUGUUUAAUCUCAUUUUGUCAAUCAUAUCAAAGUUUAUAGUCAUCUUUACAGUUCUCCCCAUCUCUCAUUGUCUCCCUUUAUCUUUCUAUCUGCCUUUCUCUCUUGUUCGUUUUUCAGUCCCUUUAUAUGUGUGUGUGCGCGCGCGCGUGUUGCACACUUUUUGCUUCUGUGUGUAAGUAUCUUUCCUUCACCAUUUUUCUCCUAGUCUCUAUCCAUCUGUAUGUUUGUUCAUCUCUCUUCACCCCCACAAUACGAGUCUUGGUCUCACUUGUCCUCUCAGCCUUCUCCCCUCCCUGGUGAUCAGAGCUGUACUGAUGGGUGUGCCCAUUCUUGUGGUCAGUCAGUUUUGAGAUGUGAUGGUGAUCAGUCUGUGUUGACACUACGAACACUUGCUGAAAAACAAAAAAAAGAGAAGAAAAAUGUCUACAGAAAUCUAUUUUUGUAUAAAUGAAACUUUAUCCCUUUUGUUAGAUUGAAUUUCACUGAAUUAAUGUAAAUGUUAAUACUUUAAUAGUCUGCAGGGUGGAAGCAAGUGUUCCUGGGACCAUUCGGGACUUUGAGCUGAAUUGUUCCCUGUGUAAUUUGACAGAUUUGCUUUUAAUUUUCAAUCAGUGGCAUCUGAAUAUCCAUCGUGUUCCAGUAUUGUCCGAAUGCCAGUCUUCGCAUUCUACCACAAUAUAAUUCACUCUGGUUACUGACUCAUGUCUGAUUUCCCAGGAGUUUCUGCUCUGAGCUGCUGGGCUUUUGUUGCUGAGAGGAGAAACUCUGGGGGUUUUCAGAUUGGUCCCUGGAGGUGUCGGUGUAAACAGUGCAGGUAAUAUCCUGUCCUGAUCCAGACAGACAGCAGUUUAUGGGGCAGGGUCUCUCAGGCCCUCACUCAGAUCAGGGCGCCCUGUGAUUGCAACCAUUUCAAUUUAAAUUUGUUUCUGUGUUCAAUGUAAUAAAAUGUUCCCUGUACCCUA